UCAGAAGGGAAAUCCCGGAGGUGAAGGCAUUGCAGAGAAGAAGUAAAAGAAGGAAGUGUCUGUGUGACAAGAAAGCCACUUAAUAAUGAAAAAAUUCACGCUGUUUGAUUUUGUAAAUGAUAAUUCACUGCAAAUUGGAGAGACUUCAUGGAUACAGGACCUUCCCUGUGAUGACAAUGAACUAGAAAGACUUCUGAAACCUAAUGAGCAUGUACUAGUAAACUGGCCUGUGGGAGAAAGAAAGACAGAGAAGCACCUGGUUAAAGUUGUGUACAUGAGUGAUGACCCCCAAGAGCUGGUGGAAAUGAUGCAAAAGAUAUUACGAGCAGAUGAAAUCACAAAAAUACAAGUCCUUGGAAAAGGCAAGAGGAAGAGGAUAGAAAUGAUAUUCUCAGAAAGUGAGGACAGUGACUUGGAUAAAGAAAAGGGGAAGAUGAUGAAACAUAUAAAAAGAAAGAAAUCAUUGCAGGCAUCUGCUCCUGCCAACAUCCUGAGUCAAUUUGAAACAUCUUUAAUUAACAAACAGAGAGAACCAUAUUCAGGAAGCAACUUUCUAUAUAGUGAAAGUAGCAGUGAUGAUGAAGAGCCUUUAUUUCAACUCUCCAAGGUAGAACUAUGUGCCAAAAUUAAAAGUCUCAAGAGGAAGCUGACAGAUACCAUGAGAGAAAACUGCCGCCUCAGGCAGUCCCUGGUGAUGCUUCAAGUGUUGCCACAGGCAGUUACUCAUUUUGAGGAGCUGGUAGGAAUGGCUGAAGCACUGCUCAAAGGGGGAGUGACGUCAUCUACGUCCAGUCUGCAUCCACAUGCUGUUUGGAAGGCAUCUCACAAUCCAUUAGCAGAUUCCUAUGCAGCUAUGCAUAGUAACUCCAGCUCACCAGUAACUUUGAAUGUGGAAGAUGAGGAGCAACAGACUGAAAAACAGUUCAAGAUCGAAAAGUGGCAGAUUGCACUUUGUAACAAGAGCAAACCUCAAAAAUUUAUAAACGACUUGAUGCAAGCACUUUAUACACAUGAAUACAUGGCUACACACAGCCUGACAGGUGCAAAGUCUUCCUCUUCAAAGGAUAAAGCGGCAAAACCAGCUAUGAAUCAGAAUGAAGUUCAGGAAAUCAUAGGAAUCACGAAACAGUUGUUUCCAAACACAGAUGAUGCUUUAAUUAGGCGAAUGAUGGGACAAAAACUGAACAACUGCACCAAGAAGCCAAUUUUAAGCAAAGAUCUUAACUCAGGUGCUUUUCAGAAACAUAGCUUUUGUGGUUCAACAGCUGCUCCUCAGGGCAUCAACUCUUCGGCUGCUCCUCCUUGUACACAAGACCAGCAGGAUGAUGAUUCACCAGCUGCUAGAGCACAACUUCAGCAAAGUGACAGCAGCCUGGCUCCUCCAGCUCCCACCCUCGAAGGUCAGCAGGAGUGUCCCAAACCCACUUCUAAGGCAGAGUCUCAACUCGCCAGCAGCUCACCAGCGCCCUCUCCCAACCAGGGUUGUGGACAGGAUCUCAGGAAUUCAGACAAGGAAUAACAGAACGUGUUUCAUUCCAGCUCACAUGCUCAACGGAGAUUAAGAAGCAGUAUAAAACAAAAAAUAAAUAAUAUCUAAAUUGUACUAGAUAUAUGGCAGUGUCCAACAGUGGACAGAGAUAGAAGCCUGAGAACUUUUUUCUCAAACAGAUGAAAAUCCCUUACUCUAGAAAAAAAAUGAAGGCAUAUUAAUAUCUUUGGAUUUAAGAUGUUAUAAGAUAUAUGCAUGUUAUGCAGUAAUUAAAACUUGUAAGGAAGAAUAUGAGUAGAGUUCCCCUUAGUUAGAAAAAAACAUUAUUUAAAGUAAUACCAAAAUAUUAUCUAUGAAGAACCAUAAUUCCCCUUGCUUUCACCUUGAGAGCUGAGCGAAAAGUGCUUAACCAUUCACAGAAAGCUAUUGUAUAAUAAUGCAAAAAAAAUAGUGAUAUGGAGAGAAAAUAGAAAAAUCUGCUAGUGAAACGAAGACUGUGGCCAACACAGGAGUAGAAAGCACAGGGCCACAUGAGCAGAGAAGAAGAAAUAAAAUAGAUGUUUAAGGCUGCUACUAACUUGGAAAACAAAAAAAAUCUUUCUUACGGCAAUGAAACUACAACUUUCAA